UUUCAGAAGAAAAUGAUGGAAGAGUGCUUACCAGAAAUGCCAAGCACCCUGGAGCCAGUCAGUCAGUUGGAUGACACCGAUUCCAACUCCCCAGCUAACAAGAAGCCUGAUAAAAUACCCAAAAUGAAGGACAGUUCAAGCAUCUGUUGUGCUGGAAACGAUGCUGAUACCUUGGAAAGGGAGUCGAAAUUGCUCCCCUUGAACCAUGACUCCACAGGGACUGACCCAAGCCAUGGGAGCCUGGCAGGAGGACAGGAACAGCAGUGUGUGCCCGAUCACGGCGGCGGUGGGGACUGCCCUGCCAAUAUUGGCUUAGAAAGAACAGUGGAAGGCGCCAAGAAAACAGGGCAUUUUGCUGGCGGAGACUUCGAUCCCAAGUCUAAUCAGACAGAGCAAUCCCUAAUGGAAAUACUACAGGAGCUAAGGGAGGAGUCUGACUUCAUGAAAAGAUCUACCGAUAAAAUCUAUUCGGAAAGCCCCUAUGAUACAGACUGUACAAAGAAGCUGAUUUCCACAAUCCAUCAGACCUCCUCACAGGAGGAUUUGCUGGAGGAAAUAGAAUCUGAACUUUUAUCUACGGACUUUUCGAAAGAAUGCAAGUGCCCCAAUGGUGUGAGAAAGGGGGAACAUGCCUUGGCUGUGUUUGAAAAAUGUGUGCAAGAUAAAUACCUGGAGCAGGAGCAAACUAUAAGGAAAUUGAUUAAAGAAAACAAAAAGCAUCAGGAACUGAUUUUGGAUAUCUGUUCUGAAAAAGAUAAUUUAAAAGAUGAGCUGAAGAAACGAACAGAAACAGAAAAGCAGCACCUCAACAUUAUUAAACAGCUAGAAGCAAGAAUAGAAGAGCUUAAUAAGGAAGUGAAAACUAGUAAAGACAAACUUUUAACCCAAGAUGCAGCAGCCAAAAAUGCUAUUCAACAGUUGCAUAAAGAGAUGGCAUUUCGAAUGGAACAGGCAAACAAGAAAUGCGAAGAAGCACGCCAUGAAAAAGAAACAAUGGUGAUGAAAUACGUCCGGGGGGAGAAGGAAUCCCUGGACCUCCGGAAGGAAAAGGAGAUCCUUGAGAGAAGGAUGAGAGAUGCAAACAAAGAAAUUGAAAAACACACUAAUAAAAUCAAACAGCUUUCUCAAGAAAAAGGAAGAUUGCACCAGCUCUAUGAAACCAAGGAUGGUGAAGCCACUCGCCUGAACAGAGAAAUAGAAAAACUGAAAGAAGAAAUCAAUUCCCAUGUUAUCAAAGUGAAAUGGGCUCAGAACAAAUUGAAAACAGAAAUGGAUUCACACAAGGAGACCAAAGAUCGCCUUAAAGAUGCAACAACAAAAUUAACUCAAGCAAAAGAAGAAGCAGACCAGAUACGGAAGAACUGUCAAGAAAUGAUAAAAACCUAUCAAGAAUCAGAAGAAAUCAAAUCAAAUGAAUUGGAUGCAAAGCUGCGAGUAACAAAAGGAGAACUAGAGAAGCAGAUGCAAGAGAAGUCUGACCACCUGGAGGUGCAUCAAGCAAAAAUAAAAGAACUGGAAGACCUGAAGAGAACAUUUAAAGAGGGAAUGGAUGAGCUUCGGACACUAAGAACCAAGGUAAAAUGCCUAGAGGAUGAACGUUUGAGAACUGAAGAUGAAUUAUCCAAAUAUAAAGAAAUCAUAAACAGGCAGAAAACGGAAAUUCAGAAUUUGCUGGACAGAGUAAAAGUUGUAGAUCAUCUACAGGAUCAGCAUCAGAGAGAUGAACAAGAAAUAAGUGCUUUGAAGGAAGAAGUAGAUGGUCUCAAUUCUCUGAUUGCUGAUCUCCAAAAGGACAUUGAAGGUAGUCGGAAAAGAGAGUCUGAGCUAUUGAUAUUCACUGAAAAGUUAACCAGUAAGAAUGCACAGCUUCAGUCUGAAAACAAUUCCUUGCAGAGCCAGUUGGAUAAGCUCUCUUACAGCGAGAGAGAGCUGCAGAGCCAGCUGGACCGUGUUCGGCAGACUAAGGACGAUCUGGCCUCCAGGUUGCAGAAGGAGGAGGACCUGCGCAAGGUGGAGGUUGAGACACUCCAGGCUCAGCUGGCUUCAGAGCAGAAGGAACUCGCGGCGAGGAAGACCCACGUGGAUGAACUGAAGGAUGAGCUGGCCACCCAGAAGCGCAAGCAUGCGGCCAACCUCAAAGAUCUCACCAAACAGCUGCAGCUAGCACGGAGGAAAUUGGAUCAGAUGGAAAAUGGCAAUUAUGACAAAGAAGGCAGCAGCAUGGGGAGUCGUUCCAGUUCAUCAGGUUCCCUUAACGCCCGCAGCAGCACUGAGGAUCGGUCUCCGGAGAACACUGGGGCUUCAGUCGUUGUGGAUAACUUCCCAGAAGUGGACAAGUCCGUCUUGAUUGAAAGGAUAGUGAGACUGCAGAAGGCUCAUGCUCGAAAAAAUGAGAAGAUGGAGUUCAUGGAGGAUCACAUCAAACAACUAGUGGAGGAAAUUAGGAAAAAAACAAAAAUUAUUCAGAGCUACAUUUUGCGGGAAGAAGCUGGAACACUUUCCUCGGAGGCCUCUGACUUCAACAAAGUCCACUUGAGUAGGCGAGGUGGGAUUAUGGCAUCGCUGUACACGUCCCAUCCUGCAGACAGCGGCCUCACGUUGGAGCUCUCCUUGGAGAUCAACAGGAAGCUGCAGGCUGUGCUGGAAGACACUCUCCUGAAGAAUAUCACACUGAAAGAGAACCUUCAGACACUAGGAACAGAAAUCGAACGGCUCACUAAACACCAGCAUGAACUGGAAAGGAGAAUAAAGCCAACAUAACCAAACUCCUAUGGAAUAACCAAUAUGAAGAUGCAGGAAAGGCAGGUGCUACAGACCAUUGCUUUUUUACAGUUUUCCUGAAAUAUGGUUACCUGCUAGCACAAGCAUCCAGUACUUUACAUAUACAACCUUUAGCUAUACAGGCUGUCUGUCUUUGUAUGAGAGAAGGUCCACAGGGUUUGGCAUCAGCCUGGUUCUCUCUGCUCAAUAUCAGCCUGAGAUGUUGCUGGAUUUUACUGCACACUACACGGAGAUGAAACAUUCUGUUUGAAACAUUACAGACAAUUUGCAGUGCUUACUGUGUUUUGAAUGAGUUGCCAUGAGGUUUUAAUUUCUGCACUGUAUAAUUAAUUACUUCUAAUGAUGGAGCUUAGAAAAAUAAAGCUGAUUAUUUUUUAGUUGCUGUUGAACAUAUCCAGUGUUACUGAGCUUUAAGGGCUUUCAGACAUUACUUCCUCCCUUGCAUAUUUUUCUGAUAUUUACGUUGAUUAAACACUUUUGACGUGCACAUGGGAAAAUACUCUGUCACAAUUGACGUGAUGGCCAUGGCAUUGCAUACUUUCUACUUUAGGUUAGCAUUCAACUUGGUGUUUCUUUUAAAUAAGACUGAAACAGCAUUAAAAUUAAGGGAUUAAGAAACUUGCUGGUUCAGUUGCUGAGUAUAUUUGAUUGAAACAAGUGUCAGCUCAACAAAUCCUAUAAUCCCCUGAUCUUUACGUGUUCGAAUCUAAAGAAUUCGGAUCUCAAGUAGUUAGUUACUGAAGUUCUCUGACUUUCUGCAUAACUAAUAAUAUUAAAAAGUGGGAGCUUAAAUUGAUCACUAUUUCCUCCUGAUUCAACCUUGUUUUCAAAAUAGAAGUCUGAGUUUACUCAUAAACUUCGGAUAAGCAGGCCAGUGACAGCAGCAGUAGGAAAUGGGAAGUGUAUGUAAGUGGAUUUGCAAUCUACUGGUUCAUCUAUAAAAGUGGCACAGAAAUCUGAGACUCUUUAAUUGUUCUGUUGUGGAGGAGACUGUCACAAUGUCACAAACUCAGACCUGAUACUUAAUCCUUCAGUAACUGAGCGGUGUGGUGGAGGGCAGGUGUCAAGAUGACAAGAUUCUUGUUGGUCACAAUAUCACUUUCAUACAUUAAUUUCAGGAUAACUUACAGGAACUGCAGUGUCUUUAUUCCAGCAAUAAAUGCGUAGAUUGAUGUAUUUGUUGCCUUUUGACCAAAAUUUAAUGAACAGAGCCCGACCAAGUCAUGGUGUAAAUAGAUACUUUCGUCUUUUUCUUAAAUAUUUGCACUUAUGAAAAGAAUUAAUGUGCACUUAAGAGUAAUGCUUCAACUAUUCUAAUUAGAAAGGACACUUGGGAAAAAAAAUCUUUUCUCUUAUCCCAGUUACCAUUUGCAUCAUUUAUGAAACAAGAGGCCUGAAUCCUGUAGCUUGAAUGCAAGGGAGAAAAACUUAACAGAGCACCUAGAUGACUUCAGUGGGCUCCAUUUUCCAGUGCCACCGAGUCACACAAGGGAUUUGGGGGAUUGAAAUUGAGCACAAGGGCCUGAUUUGGCUCUUAGGAGUAGUUUGGUGCAAGACAGAGACCUUCCCCUUUGCUUUGGAGAUAGACAUCUCCAAAUGUGCUUUUAAGGUUGUCCAGAGAGCUUCUGGAGUCUUCAAUAGCCAGUCUGUAUACUAAGAGGAUUAAGUCUUUGUUUAAAAAGAGGGGAUAAGAACAAGUGAUUUAACUAGAUGAACCCUGUAGGAAUGAUGACCCUUUAACUUGGGUUGUUUUUUAUAUAUAUACAUAUAUUUUUUAAAACUCCUGAGAGCAAUGGUUAUGCAAACGUUACACAUCCCGCCCUGGGUCUCCUGCGUUGCUGCUGAGUGAUGUGGAGAGGAGGGGCAGGUGCUUCCAGCAAGCUGGGGGCUCCCCUGAGCAAACAGGCGGUCCUUCCUAGCUGGUCUAGACCUGCUGUGGACAGAGGGAACUCUAGGAAGAGCAACUUGCCUGUCAAAACGGGGCCUAGCUCCUGCACCUUGGUGUGUUCAUGCUUUCAUGUCCCAGCUCUCUGAAUAUUCCCGGGCAUUCAGCUGAAUGUCUCCUGUAUUUUAGAUGCCAUGUUAAUAUUGUAUCCAUGUAUGUUCUUCAGGUGUACAAUGUGAAUGAAGGAGCGAUGUGGUGCAGAUGGAAUAAGUGCAAUGAUAUUGUGGAAACUUUUACUUCUUUUUGGCAUGUUGUUUCUCCUUUUAAGUUAUUUGAGAAACUUGGUUAGUUGUCCUCCUGCCCUGCUGAAAAUGCUGCUUCCUCUGUUACACUGGGUAAAUUCUCAGUGUUCUUUUUCUUGGUUAUGGAGAUGCACAAAACAUCCCCCAAAACCACUUUGUUUAUUGCAUAUGAUACUCAGUGGACCAAGGUUGCUUUCUAGAUGCUUUAUUUCAAGUGUAGCUCUUAAAGAUGGAAACUUUGAGUACGAAAGCAAGGAGGUUUGAGUGCACGACAGGGUGAGUUAGCAGCUUAGCUCAGGGCUGCUGCUCGUUCCAGGGGAAAUGCUGCAUUAUCCCCACAGAUGCUGGUGUGAAGCCCCCUGCCUUUUUCCAUGGUCUUUUCCAGUAUUGCUGGUGCAAAUCGCAAGGAUACUCUGCACAGCUGGAUAAUGGAGAGAGGGCUGCUGGGCACUGAGCUCUAGAGAGCGCGCAGGGCGUGUGCAGCAAUCACAUUCUGUUUAUUUUGGAAACUUCUUAUCAUUGGUAUGAAUAUUAGACUAAAAGCUGUCCUCAGACGAAGUGGCAUUUUGAGGACCGCCUGGAGCAGUUAGCUGCGUUUGUGCCGUUGAACUCAGCGUCCAUUUCGUACCUCGUUGCCACAGGCUUUUUUGGAAAUGCCCGGCUUGUAGCUGGUGGUAUCCUACAGGCACAGAUCCGACAUCUGAUUCUGAAUACUCAGGGUGCUCUUUUUAACCCAACCAUCCCCCAUCCUGGUGUUCUUCGAGGCCCUACAGAAAAGCUGCCUGUGCUUUUCCACCCUCUGUAAAAUCCAGCGCUGAAGGUGUCUUAGGCAGGACCUUCCUCAGUGACGGGUGCCACUUCAUGCUAUAAAAACCGCUGCUUUUGUGCCACA